GGGACAGACGACAGGAAAUGCUCAAAGAAGAAGCGUGACCCCUGGGUGCAGCUGCGCUGAGAGAGGAAGUAGAGACAGAGAGACACAGAGGGAGAGAGAGUCAUUGAUGGUUGAGCCAGCGAAGUAGAGAGGGAGUGUGAGGCUGGUUGAGCUGUUGAACAUCAGAGCUGCUGACAUGAGUCGUUCCUCUGACUGUCAAAACAAGAUCCUCGCUCCCACCGCUGACAUGUCAGCCAAGGUCCAGGGCAUUGACAGACUGCAACUCUCAAAAUGUUGUGAGUGCAGCGCCUCGCUGUCCCACUGGUAUUAUGAGAAAGAUGGACGGCUUUUCUGCAAGAAGGACUACUGGGCCAGGUUUGGGGAGCUGUGCCACGGCUGCAAUGAUCCCAUCACCACCGGCCUCAUCAUGGUCGCAGGGGAACAGAAAUAUCACCCGGAAUGCUUCACCUGCCUGAACUGCAGGGCGUUCAUCGGUGAUGGGGACACGUACGCUCUGGUGGAGAGGUCCAAACUCUACUGCGGUCACUGUUACUACCAGACCAUCGUCACCCCGGUGUCGCUGCCGGACUCGCCAUGCUCACGAAUCCCUCACACGGUCACACUGGUGUCAAUCCCAGCCACCGCCGAGGGCAACGGACGUAGAGGGCGAGGUUUCUCUGUGGCCAUCGAUCAGCCACUGAGCCCGACCAACGGAUACAGCCCUGAUCAUGCACCCACCAUCAGAGUCUCCCAGGUGGACCCAGACUGCAUCAGUCCAGAUGUGAAGAAUUCCAUUCAUGUUGGAGAUCGGAUCCUUGAAAUCAAUGGGACGCCCAUUUACAAUGUUCCUCUGGACGAGAUCGACUUGCUGAUCCAGGAGACGAGCCGGCUGCUGCAGCUCACCAUCGAGCACGACCCUCACAGUCAGGGGCCGGAGGGAGGCUCCUCAGGGGCUGAAGAGCACGUGGACGGGCCCCUGUCAAGCCCCUUGUCUGAGGGGCCCAGCCCCGUCCUACCCAUCACCCAGCCCCCCAACCCCGACAUCAGCAACCUGAGAUCCCGCAUCAUCAAGCGGAGCUGCAGCAUUGAUAAAUCACCAGGCUCCAGUAACGCAACAUCCCCCAUCUCCCAGAGGAAGGACAUCAAUCGAUCAGAGUCGCUCCGAGUCGUUUCAAACCGAAUGCACCGCAUCUUCCGCCCGUCUGACCUCAUCCACGGAGAGGUGCUUGGGAAGGGCUGCUUCGGACAGGCCAUCAAGGUGACCCACAAGGAGACCGGGGAGGUGAUGGUGAUGAAGGAGUUGAUUCGCUUUGAUGACGAGACACAGAGAACAUUCCUGAAAGAGGUGAAGGUCAUGCGUUGCCUGGAGCACCCCAAUGUGCUCAAGUUCAUCGGAGUCCUCUACAAAGACAAGAGACUCAACUUCAUCGCUGAGUAUAUAAAAGGAGGCACCUUGAGGGAAAUCAUCAAGAAAAUGGACAGCAACUUUCCCUGGAGCCAGCGAGUAAGUUUCGGCAAGGACAUAGCUGCUGGGAUGACCUAUCUGCAUUCCAUGAACAUAAUCCACCGGGACCUGAACUCACACAACUGUCUCGUCCGAGAGAACAACACAGUGGUGGUGGCCGACUUCGGGCUGGCACGGCUCAUGAUCGAUGACAAGCUCGAGGAGAAGUUUGCGCAGGGUAAACUGCCGGGUCUGAAGAGGCCUGACCGCAGGAAGAGGUACACGGUUGUGGGAAACCCCUACUGGAUGGCUCCUGAGAUGAUCCAUGGAAAGAGCUAUGACGAGAGAGUAGACAUCUUUUCCUUCGGUAUCAUGCUCUGUGAGAUAAUUGGCAGGGUGAAUGCAGAUCCGGACUACCUCCCGAGGGCGAUGGACUUCGGAUUGAACGUGUCUGGGUUCUUGGAGCACUUCUGUCCCCCAGAUUGUCCCCCUGCUUUUUUCCCCUUGGCUGCUUUGUGCUGUGACCUUGAUGCAGACAAACGACCUGCUUUUUCCAAACUGGGGGAGUGGAUGGACAACCUUCAGAUGCACUUGGAAAUGGGACUACCCCUGGUGUCCGAACUGGACAUGCUUCACAAGGCCUUCUGGGAGAACCACAGCAUGGCACGCCCUGAAAACGGCCUGCACACCCACUCUGAACAGCCGGAACAGGACUGAACACAAGAGGAGGUGUGGGAAGGUUGAAUUAACACUACUGGGGUGGCGACCGCCUGCCGCUGGUGGUGUGGUGACUGGAGGAGUCAUGUGUAUACCCCUCCGUGUUUGAAGUAGACACAGCGGGCUCAGGCUUAACAGAUAGACUCAGGGGUAAAAUGUGGAUGUGAAAAGCCACCUGUGCGAGAUGCACGCACACACAUACAUAGGCAAGCAUUCAGUCAAAUCAAGAGACAUUACCUGCGACAGCUUGGUUCUGCUCCACCCUCCAAGCCUCAGUGGAGCAUGUCAUAUGCAAUCUGAUCCAACUUUCAAAGAAUGACUCCUGAAUCGUAUACAAUUAACAUCAUGCCUUUUAAGAAAACCUGUAGUUAUCAUAGUGUGUGUAUGCAAGUGCAUAAGUUAGUCCAAAAAGUGAAACUUCAGCCUCCUCUCUACAGAGCACAAGGUGCAGUCUGUGUUUGCAGGUGUUUCACUCUGCGUUUGGUUUGAUUUUGCUUUUGGGUUUGGAUCUUAAACUGAAUUCAUGAAAAUUACAAAGGAGAGGUGCCUGACUUGUCGCUCAAGACAAAGAGUUUGAGAUCAUGUUGUUGUCCAACUUGUGCACAUCAAAACAAACCCUUUCAAGCUUUAAAAAGCUCACUGUAGAGUGCAUCACUGUAAAUUUUGCCUUCAGGUCAGAGCCUGGUUCAUCGUGUCACUCUGACUUCAGACCUGCUGCUCGUCUCCAUCAUUGAUCGUGUAGCCUGCGAACCACUGAGGUACAAAUAACAAAUCUGGUAUGUUGCCUCCCCAAUUUUAAGAGCUUGUCAGUGCAUCUCAUUCACAUUGAAAUGGCAACUUAAAAUACAUCAUGCAUUUUAACCCUUGUAAAUAGUUGGCGACAUUGUAAAUGUUUUAAAUAUUGUAAAUGUACAGACAUAUUUUAUAUACGUACGCUGCAUUGCCAUAUUUUUACUGGCCGACCAGUUGACAUUAAAGGAGAGGGAUGGUUGGGCUGCAUUUAAAGGUGCAAUGCCACUGUGGCAGGUUAGAGGCUUUCAUAGCAUUUGAGAGAUGAGGAAUCUUAUCACCAGGAAACAUCUCAGUUAAUGUUGCAUUCUGUCAUUUCCUUCCAUCAAAAAUAUACUUCGAAACAUUUGACCGGCCCCAUUAUACUGGAUUAGUGUAGGAGGAGGGUUCAAACUGAAUCUGUAUAUUAUGAUCACCUCGGAUUAUUUGUGAUGUGAUAAUUUUGAGGGCAACAGAUCUGUUGUUGAUUAUUACCUCUCCUCUCAUGUACGUGCACAGUAGUUCAGCUGUGUGCGGAUAACAACACAAGGUACUCUCUUAUCACGUCUGUUCACACAUCUGUCUCUUUUCCUUUGUGUACAUGUACAUGCUACCUGUAAAUAUCACUGUAUAUACGUGUGUGCGUCCUUACAUCUUGCAUAAAUAAUGCGCUCUCCUCAGAAAUCCUCUCUUCCACUGGUCACAACUCUCUCUUGCACCUUCUAACACAAGAUUUCUGUCUCUAUCUAAACAAGCUUUUUAUCUCAAUUUCAACUUCCUGCUGUUGUUUUCACGAGCUGCAUGAUGCACCGUUGUCGGUCUGUCCAGCUUCUGAACCAAGUUUUUAUUUAUUUUUUUCUAACUGAUGUGAUUUUAAAUAAGAAAAAAAAGAAUGGAUAAAAAAAGUCGAGAGAGAAAGCUAGGCUAUAAAGGAAAGAAGGAACAAAAACACAGCAUUUGUUGUUUAUACAUAUAUAUAAAUAUAUAUAUAUAUAACCACUGAAAUCUUUUUGUACAGAUUUGAGUACUUUAAUUUGCACUAUCUUACCAAAUGGCUGGUUGAAGCCAUGUUUGUUGAUUUCCUCUCUUGGGCUACUUGUGAUAAGGAAAUAAAUAAUGUCAGUUCAGGUUGAUAUACAUAUGAAUGCAAGACACUGAUGGAGCCUUUCAACUGUAAAAAUGGGAUUCUGGGGAAUUUCAUCCUCCUGAUAGCAAACCGGAUUAUAUCAGCAUUAAUAAAUGAUGUUUCUGAUUAUUAAAAUGCAACUUUGUGCAUGGAUCAGGAUUUAAAAACCUUUAUCUGAAGCUAUAGUGUUCAGGUCAGGGGUCGCGCAACUUGUCUGUGCCUUCUGUGUGUGUGGCACUGCUUUUUGUCCUGAGAUAUUCGUUUUUUGACGUUUUUGGCCACAUGAUAGAAACAUCAUGAACUUGCUUACCAUGAAUCCUCCAGAGGAUUUCCUGCUGUGUUCUCACAUCGGCUCAUUCGGACAUUCUCCAGACUUUUGCCCAGGGGCCUGGCAGGACAAACUCCAGAGAAAGUCCGGAGCCUCUGACUCGAACAUUUGCAUUCUCUCAUUCAGCCCCUCUGGAGAAUGGAGAUUAUCUCCAGUGAAUUCCUGGAAGCAGCUUUAUGUAAUUCGAGUUAUACACCAGGGGAAAUAUGAAUUAUAUUUUGCAUUGUCCACUUGAAUACCUGCGAAGAAAGUACGUUUCCUGGUCUCUGCUACCUGGAGGAUGUGAUGUCCCAGCUCUGCCUGCUGCCUACAGACUGGUCCUUUGUGAAAGAUGUCCUGUGUUGUUUCUGACUUGCUUGCUUUCACAUGUGAUGCCCCCAGAGGCUGCAACCACUGCUGAUGAUAGAGCACUCAACCCGGCCUGUCUCACCUCUCACCUUCCCCUCACACUUUUUGGCUCAGGGCCGUAAAAUGUUUCCGGAGCUUACGUCACAGACACUUGGAGCGCAUGUUAGUCUCUGUCAAUAUAAACAUAAGCUGAUAACACAACACAUGCUUCUGUAAACCGAGCCCCUCCUGGUUGAUGUGUUCGUCCGUGGGCAUGAAGUGUACGUGAGUGGCUUUGUUUCGGUCUCCAUUCCUGUCGGAGCCAUGUCGAGCAUGUUUGACGUGUCGAUGAGAAUGUCUCCGCAGCACUUCUUUGCAAAGGAUCGUUACCUCUGAACAAUGCUGUGCCUUUGUUGUAAGCUAGCCUUGCCAACGACUCGAAAAAACGUGAACUGAUUUCCUUUUUCUUUUGUUUUAAUGUAUCAUAAGUGCAAGCCUGAUUCGAGGGGACUGAAUAUCAUUGCUGACACUAUGUUGUAUUAGAUUUCAUCUGGUUCUGUAUGAUAUUUAUAUUUUCCAGAUCUCCAUUGCCAGUUUUGAUAUUUUGAUAUUAUAUUUCUUGUGUUCUCUUAUUUAAUUUUUUUUUUUU